AUGGCACAAACUCUCGGCGAAUUGGGCUACGUGAAGUCUGAUAAGUUUACGGAGGAAGUCCAAGAAAAUUUAAGUGCGAACCAGCUCAGUGACAUCGACGUGGUUCCCGAAAAGCAUGGCAACCAACGGACCUGCAAAAUCAUAUCCCACAAAGACGGAGACAAAAAGGGCCACGAAAUUGUUCUGCCUAGCGAGAUGAGUGACAGAAUCGAAAACGACAAAAACGCUGCUGCAAAACUUGACGGGAAGACGGAGGACAACAAGGGCAAAUUCGAGGGCAAGACCGAAGGGAACGUCGGUAAGUUUGAGGGUAAGACCGAGGGCAUAACUGAAGGGAGUGUCGAUAAAUUUGAGGGUAAGACCCAGUGCAAGACCGAAGGUAAAAUUGAAGGAAAAUCCGAAGGUAAGUUUGAGGGGAAAACAGAAGGUAAAUUUGAGGGAAAAACCGAAGGUAAAACUGAAGGCACAACGGAGCACACUAGAAGGUAUGCUAUUUCUGAUUCCGAAGAACACGAAGUGUGGUUAAAAGCAACGCCCGCGGUUGUUUGCGAGCCUUAA